AUGAACUGGUUGGACCCAGUACCAUGGUGUGAAGAUGGAUUCCAGCUACAAUUACAGGAUGUAUAUACACAGUUAGAAAUCAAUGAGAGAAAUAAACAAGGCGUUGAAAUCAAAGGUGUAGAUUUCCAGGAGUGUUUGUCGCAAGACAAUCCAACACAUCGUAUCUUAGUGGAAGGAGAACCAGGAGGUGGUAAGAGUACACUUCUUAGAAAACUAGCUUUAGAUUGGGCUAAUGGGACAAAACCAAUGAAACGAUACGAUUUGGUUGUGUUGCUUGAAUUGAGACAAAUCACAAAACAUAGCACUAUCAUUGAUUUGAUAUUUGAUCAGUUAUUACCUGAGGAUUCAAACAUUGGUAAACAAAAUUUGCACAAUUACCUUAAUAAACAUCGGGACAGUGUAUUAAUACUUUUAGAUGGAGCUGAUGAAUUGAAGGAAUUAUUUAAGUCUGAAAUUAUGAAAAUAGUCGAAGGAAAGCUUCUCCGAGAAUGUAUUGUGAUAAUUACAUCUCGGGCAAUAGGUCUAGGACAACUCAAUCGUCAUGUUCACAAACAUUAUAUUAUCAAAAGGUUAAGUGUUGACAACAUAAAUUUAUACAUUCAGAAAUUCUUUAACGAUGAUGAACAAGCAAAUAAACUGACGAAUGACAUAGAAGAACGAGACAUAGAAUCUUUUGCAUCAAAUCCACUAAACCUAGCUCUUAUUUGUAUACUUUACGAAGAUUGUGACAAAACGCUUCCAACAAAAUUAUCUGAGUUGUAUUACCUAUUAACUGUUUGUGCAUAUAAGCGAUAUUGUCUGAAAAACAACAUCUGUAAUCCAUCUGAUAUCAGCAUCAAUGACUGUCCACAAUUUAAAAACUUAAUUUCAAGACUUGGAAAGAUGGCAUACAACGGUAUAAAAGAAGGACGUUUGCUGGCAUUUAAAUAA